AUCCCAAGAAUGGCUGAGGACUGCAUUUUUCUAGAUACAGAACUCAGUGACUUUAUUCUUUGCAAUGUCUCUACUGAUCAACAUACAAAUUUCUCUUUCCCUGGUGAGGACUUGUUUUAUUACAGAUUCCUAUAUGCAAUUCCAGCUAUUUAUGGGAUCAUCAUUUUGAUUGGGCUUAUUGGCAAUAUCACCCUGAUUAAAAUCUUUUGUACAGUAAAGUCCAUGAGAAAUGUCCCUAAUUUGUUCAUUUCCAGUCUGGCUUUUGGGGACUUGCUUCUUUUGAUCACCUGUGUUCCUGUGGAUGCCAGCAGAUAUUUGUCUCCUGAAUGGCUUUUUGGUCGGGUUGGAUGUAAACUUAUUCCUUUUAUCCAGCUUACUUCAGUGGGGGUGUCAGUCUUCACCCUCAUGGCUCUUUCUGCAGAUAGGUAUAAAGCCAUAGUGAGACCAAUGGACAUCCAAGCUUCACAUGCCCUGCUGAAGAUUUGUUUGAAAGCUGCUACAAUCUGGAUUUUCUCCAUGCUGCUUGCCAUUCCAGAGGCUGUGUUUUCAGACUUGCGUCGUUUCUAUGACAAGGGCACUAAUAAAACAUUUAUUAGUUGCACACCUUAUCCACUUACCAAUGAACUGCAUCCGAAAAUUCAGUCCAUGGCUUCCUUUCUCAUCUUUUACAUAAUCCCCCUGUCUGUUAUUUCAGUAUAUUAUUAUUUCAUCGCAAAAAAUCUGAUUCGGAGUGCUUACAAUCUGCCAGUGGAAGGAACUAUUCAGGUUAGAAAGCAGAUGGAAUCUCGGAAACGCCUCGCCAAGACAGUGCUAGUUUUUGUCUGCAUCUUUGCUUUCUGUUGGCUCCCUAACCAUAUCAUCUACUUAUAUCGGUCAUACCAUUAUUCAGAAGUGGAUACAUCUGUCCUGCACUUCAUCACUUCUCUUUGUGCUCGAAUAUUGGCAUUUAUUAACUCUUGCAUAAACCCUUUUGCCUUGUACUUGCUCAGCAAAACUUUUCGGAAACAGUUUAAUCACCAGUUAUCUUGUUAUAAAACCCGUCUUCUCAUUCGAUCCCAGAGUACAGCCAGAAGUACUACUAGGAUGACAUCUUUCAAGAGCACCAAUCAGCAGUCCAUGAUCACCUUCAGCUUUAUUAAUGGCAACCACAACUGCCAUGAAGAAAAUGCACAGUAUGCAUGAAAUUAAUAGUCACUGCAAGAGCUAACUAACCAUUGCUGCUUAUUUGUAUGUAGUCAGCAACAAAUGUACAGACUGGUAU